AUGGAUCCGCUCUCCAUCACGGCGUCUGCCGUCGCGCUGAUCCAGGCGGCCGGCACUGUCGCCACGACACUGCGCAGCGUUGUGCGCUCUUUGCGGACGGUAGACUCGCGCCUCACGGUUCUUUGCAAAGAACUGUCCGACCUCACCGGCUUCCUCGAAGCCAUUGACGCCACUCUCAGGGGAUGCCAGAAGUUUGACCUCGGGCUUGUCGAUGACGCCCUGUGGCGUCAGAGCGAGCUCGCCCUGGCGAAUUGCCAGACUACACUCAACGAACUGGCCCUCUUGGUGUGCAAGAUCAAGAAUUCCAAUCAGCCCAAGAGGUUUGCCCGCAAGGUUCGCGCUGCCGUCGACCUCAACAUCUAUGGCGACGAUUUGGUCAUGUACCGGGACCGGAUUCAUCAGUCCAACUCUGCCCUGCAGACCAUGCUUCAUGCCAUCAACGUCUCCCUGUCCGUGAAGAACAAUGCAUCUCAAGAUCUGAUCCUCCGCGAGCUCGACAGACUCGAGGCAUCCAUCAACGAGGCACUCCAUACAUCCUCCAGGCCCGUUGGAGGCUUCUAUAAUUCCGAUAACGGGUCAUCCGACGCUCGCUUCGGACGCAAUCUGCGACGACUCGCUGAAGCAGCAAAGCACUUCCACAAUGCUGCGAGCUCGACUGCUGGCACGGUGCGCAGUGACAGCAGCGAGGCGCCAUGGCAGUCGUAUCCCGGUGCCGAAAUGAGCCUCUUUGGAGACUUUUCCGUCUCCCGCCGUGAACGGGUCGAGGAAUUCCUACGUCGCCAGAGCGUUAGGUCGCCUGAGCCUGUGGCGAGACAGCCGCCGCCGUCAACACCAAUGUCAAACAUGUAUCGCGCGGCUACCACUGCAUCCAACAAUGCCCCUGAGAUGCCCGUCCGAACGUCCAAUAUCGAUGAGGAGGAGGAGGAUGACGACGCCGAGUUGGAGCGUGCCUUCUUGGACGGUCUGAGAGAGCUUGCCAAGGCAAGCUUCAAGGAUAGGAACUACGACAAGGCCAUCAGGUUUCUUCAAGAGGCCAUGACGCGCGACAUUGAGCCGGGUGAAGCCAGCCACGAGUAUCGCCAAAUGCAAAUUGAGCUGGCCCUCUGCUACCUUUGCCAGGGAAAAUGGCGGCUGGCAGCACCUCUGGUGAUAAAACUUGCCGGGCCAAAGGCCCGUCAUGAUUUGGCCGUGUACAACUUGCUGCACGCCCUGGCGCUUGGAUACCUGUCCGAGUACUCCUUUGACGAUGCAUUGGCCACCUGCAAGCAGGCUUUGCUGGGAAAGAAGAGGCUUUGCAAAAGCGGCGAUGUGGAAUGGAACGAAUACUGGGAGACUCUGGGGUUGUACGCGACCAUCUUCGAUGUCACGGGCGACUGCAUCCGAGCUGAAGUCUUCCGACUGAAGCUACCGGCAGACUUCGCAUACGUCCAUCCCGCAAGCGAAGUCAUCUUCAUCCGGUUCCGUACCGGAUUGCUGCAGAGCAUCUUUGGAGACGACGGCGUCGUCCUUCGCACAGGCUACGCCCACGCUGGCAUCGCUGAGCUCGAUGGAGGAACCAGUGAAGACCGCGACGACCAGAGACAGGGGCUUUCCAGGCGAUUGACCGCCAAUUAUGACGCAAACUGUUUCACCUUGCGACAGAAGCUUUCCCAGGACGAGAAAUACCAGAUCGACACUGCCAAGGAAGUCGUGGCCGUUGAUUCUCAGCCCCCAAAUGACGCCGACGAUGAAUUCUCGCCGGCCUCAACACCUCAAGAAUCACCCCUGCGGCGACGUCUCAGUCGUUUCUUUCUCGCGAAGCGUCGCCGGCCUGCCGACUCCGAGGAUACGUUGGUCAACUCGUCCAAAUCAGAGUCGCCCCUUUCCGAUUCUUCACACUCGGCCUUAUCCCCGACAAGGCUGCGGUGGUUCAAAGGCGACAUGGGCUUCCAGAUGAAAAAGCCCAAGAAUCUGUUGACAAAGAAGCCAUACAGAUUCAGGACUAUCCCGACGGUUCAGCUGGAGAAGCGAGACGUGCUGUCCUUACAUACACACCCGCGAUAG